GGGGAUCUGAUUCCUAAAUGGUGGUGAGGGUAUCUUGUCCUGGUGAGUUGAGUUAGCAGUGGAGCCGCCAUUUGUGUUUUCUUUAAAACAGGGUUCUAAUUCAGAUUAAGGCAAUCACUCAUCCACCAAUGGAACAAGCAGCAGCGGGAGCUAUGGAAUCCUUGUCCGUCUCCGAACCCGAGAUCGCCGAAUCAUCGAACCCAAAUCCAACUCAUGAGUUGACCCUGGAACAGAGGUUUCAGAUCGUGAGGAGCAUCGGGGAAGAGUGCAUUCAAGAAGAUGAGCUCCUUAACCUCCUCGCUAAGAAGCCUGAACCCGUUUGCUAUGAUGGCUUCGAACCCUCCGGACGAAUGCACAUAGCUCAGGGAGUCAUGAAAGCAAUCAGUGUGAACAAGCUAACAUCUGCUGGUUGCCGUAUGAAAAUAUGGAUUGCUGAUUGGUUUGCCAAGCUAAACAAUAAAAUGGGAGGAGAUUUGAAGAAAAUUGAGAUUGUUGGCCGCUACUUUAUUGAAAUUUGGAAAGCUGUUGGGAUGGAUCUGGAAGGAGGGAAAGUUGAGUUUUUAUGGUCAUCGAAGGAGAUUAACUCGAGAGCUGAUGAAUACUGGCCUCUUGUGUUGGAUAUAGCUCAGAAGAACAACCUUAAAAGGAUUAUCAGGUGUAGCCAAAUCAUGGGGCGAAGUGAACAGGAUGAAUUGACUGCUGCACAAAUAUUCUAUCCAUGUAUGCAGUGUGCUGACAUAUUUUUCCUCAAGGCCGACAUCUGCCAAUUGGGAAUGGAUCAGCGAAAAGUGAAUGUACUUGCCAGAGAGUAUUGCGAUGACAUCAAGAGGAAGAACAAACCCAUUAUCUUGUCACACCACAUGUUACCUGGUCUACAGCAAGGGCAAGAAAAGAUGUCAAAAAGUGACCCAUCAUCUUCCAUUUUCAUGGAAGAUGAGGAGGCUGAAGUGAAUGUGAAAAUAAAAAAGGCUUAUUGCCCACCAAAGAUUGUGGAAGGAAACCCAUGCUUGGAGUACAUUAAAUUUCUCAUCUUACCCUGGUUUAAUGAGUUUACAGUGGAGCGAAAUGCCGAUAAUGGUGGGAAUAAGACAUUCAAAAGCUUUGAAGAGCUGAUCACUGACUAUGAAAGUGGGGAGUUGCAUCCAGGAGACCUUAAACCAGCUUUGUCAAAGUCGUUGAAUAAAAUUCUGGAGCCUGUAAGAGAACACUUCAAAAAUGAUAGCAAUGCUAAAGAGCUACUAAAAAGGGUCAAGGCUUACCGAGUCAGCAAGUAAUAUGCUGACUACAGAGUUUGGUUAAUUCUAUUAUUUGACAAAUUGUCAAAAUUUUAUGUCAUUGAAUGUACUUUUUGAAUCGUAAAAUAUGGUGGAGGUUCUCUUUAGUUUGAGAAUUGUGGGUGUCUUGACCCUGGCAUAGUGAGUUCUGUCUUAGAUUCAUUUCACUUUCUUUUUAAAUGGUGAGUUGCUAUAUUUUUCGGAAGUUAUAUAUAAUAUUUUGUCAGAAAUUAUUAAUGCUUAGAAAUUUGAUGCACCAC